AUGCUUCUCUGUGCUCUCGAAAUCGAAGAACGCUGGCUACGCCAAGAGGUUGGUCAGCUGCACGAAUUGCUCAGAGUAGACAAUCUUACUUGCUCUAAACAUCACUGCGAAUUUACAAAGGCCAUUCAAAGCCGGCUACGCGCUUUUGACCAUGAUGAAUCUAUUCAGACGGCAUUGACCCAAGGCCUUCCCCUGAAAUGGACAAACAGCGCUGGUCUUUUUAGCAUCAAUCCCCGCAAAGCUAUCUUCGCGGCGACGCGCGUCGUCUUCAGAGAUAUGCAUCGCCACGGCGGCAUUGACUACGAAUUCGCCAUGCACGGAAUUGUGUCCCUGGACCAGCUGGAAAAGCACCGUCUCGUUCUCUUCAGUACCGUCAAGCGUGAAAUGACGGCAGCCAUGAUGGAUAUGAUGCAACUAGCGCUGCUCCUUGAGCUACACAAUGCUGCCACUCUACACUAUGGCCUUUUCCACAUGGGCUUUCGCGCAGCUAUUUUAAUCCAUUGCCUUGACCCAAGACUGCAAACGCCAAAAGAACACAUCAUGGCCAAGCUCAACGCCCUCUUCCCACCCAUUGCCGCUGCCAAUCUAGACUCGGUUCUCCCAUUGGCUCCCUACUCCGAUGGUUUGCGUGAUAAUAUCAGAUUCUCUGUUUACGAACAUCUGAUGCGCGGCAAUACAGCUGACAUGACCAAGUGGCAUGCGCUGCAGACCCGACUGUUUUCCUGGUGCAAUAUCCCUGGCUACGAUGAAGCCCGGGAUACUCUCCUUCGCUACACUGAAGAAUUCAAGAAAAUCGAAGAGCUUUGUUUAUCUACACUGAACUUGCUCGAACGUCGCAGAAGGAGUAUCUGUAUCCCAGAGUCUCCGGUAGAGAGCUCAUUCCUCACAACCUCGUCCCGAUCCAACGCCACCCCGUCCCCAAGCUCUUCAUUCUUUGGUUGCGAAAAGGCGGAUCGUGAAUCAAGCGUCCAAGACUCACAUUACUCCUUUGCUUCCGCCCGCUCGCUGUCUUCAUCUGCACGGCACAAUUUGCAACAGUCGCCGCUCCUCAGAGGCAUGCCGGGGCGAGAAAUCUCCGCGGCCAAAACAGACGGCGCAGCUUUUGCUGGCGAUAUUGAUGUUGCUCCAAUCCUCACGUAUCCAAACGAUCUAUCGCGUGUCGAGUUUGAGCAGCACCCGCUUGCCAAGCACCUGGACAUGUCACCGCGCGAAAAGAUGCAGCUCGGUCUCAUCAUCCCCAAGCAGCUCUCGAGUCGCAACUUCUAG